AUGAAGUUCACCGCUGCCCUGUUUGCCCUCCUCGCCUCGACGACAGUAAUCUCCGCCGCCGCGAUACCUACACCUCAAGAGACCCGCAAGUAUAUCAAAUAUAAGACAUUGGGAAAAGACAGAGUACCAUGCGAUGGACGCCAUUCUGCAGAUCACAAGUGCAAGAAACAGGUGGCAACACCUGCCAAUCCGUAUACUCGGGGCUGUGAAGGCCAGGAGAGAUGCAGACAAAAGACAUCAAAAUGA